AGCUGUGGUGUCCAAUUAUGGUCAAAGAGCUGCGGUGUCCAAUCAUGGUCAAAGAGCUGCGGUGUCCAAUCAUGGUCAAAGAGCUGCGGUGACCAAUCAUGGUCAAAGAGCUGUGGUGUCCAAUCAUGACUGAAGCGCUGUGGUGUCCAAUCAUGGUCAAAGAGCUGCGGUGUCCAAUCAUGGUCAAAGAGCUGUGGUGUCCAAUCAUGGUCAAAGAGCUGUGGUGUCCAAUCAUGACUGAAGAGCGGUGGUGUCCAAUCAUGGUCAAAGAGUUGUGGUGUCCAAUCAUGACUGAAGAGCUGUGGUGUCCAAUCAUGACUGAAGAGCUGUGAUGUCCAAUCAUGUUCAAAGAGUUGUGGUGUCCAAUCAUGGUCAAAGAGUUGUGGUGUCCAAUCAUGUUCAAAGAGUUGUGGUGUCCAAUCAUGGUCAAGGAGCUGUGGUGUCCAAUCAUGGUCAAAGAGUUGUGGUGUCCAAUCAUGGUCAAGGAGCUGUGGUGUCCAAUCAUGGUCAAAGAGCUGUGGUGUCCAAUCAUGGUCAAAGAGCUGCGGUGUCCAAUCAUGACUGAAGAGCUGCGGUGUCCAAUCAUGACUGAAGAGCUGUGGUGUCCAAUCAUGGUCAAAGAGCUGCGGUGUCCAAUCAUGGUCAAAGAGCUGUGGUGUCCAAUCAUGGUCAAAGAGCUGCGGUGUCCAAUCAUGGCCGAAGAGCUGUGGUGUCCAAUCAUGGUCAAAGAGCUGCGGUGUCCAAUCAUGGCCGAAGAGCUGUGGUGUCCAAUCAUGGUCAAAGAGCUGUGGUGUCCAAUCAUGACUGAAGAGCUGUGGUGUCCAAUCAUGGUCAAAGAGCUGCGGUGUCCAAUCAUGACUGAAGAGCUGUGGUGUCCAAUCAUGGUCAAAGAGCUGCGGUGCAGGUCCACUGGACAGGCGUUCGCUCCCUUUGUAAUCUGCAAAAUAACAUCUCUCCUCCAGCGGCCUCUAUUACAGGAGGAAGGAUCGUCUUACCCUUCUGAGCCGAUUCGCUGAACGCUACAAAUGAGAGUCUGUCUGUCUGUCUGGACGGACGGACAGAGACAUUCAGAUGGACAGACAUUCAGACAGAUAGACAGACAGACAGACAGGCAGGC